CUGAGCUUGGAGCCUCGCUUGGUUGCUAAGCGGCCAGACAGCCCUCACCUUUGGAGAGAAUUUGCAGCGAGCCAGGCAGCUGGGGGGCUCGACCUCUUGGACAGCCCCAGCUAGAGGGGCCGAAAGCUCUCGGACAGCCGGCUCUGCAGGGCCCUCCAGAACAAAAGGAGGACGAGUCAGAGGGAGAGGGGAAGUGUUGGUUUGAUUCAGGAGGAGCUGGGAACCCGGUUCUGGAGCUGAUCAGCCCAGAUGCUGUGGGCACUGUCCGAGCUGAUGAUGGAUAUUAACGGGAGCUUGCUGAGUAAUCUCCGCCGCCCAGGGAACCUGGCCAAGACGCUGAUGAGAGGCAGCUCCGUGGACCCCCACCCAUUACAGGUUAGCCCCUGCCCCAGCCCGGCUGCCCCCUCCAGCUUGGGGAGCCAGGCUAACGGCACUGACUGCGGCCAGCAGAUCCUGCCGCCGUACGGAGACACUGAGAAGGUGAUCAUCGGGGCCAUUCUGUCCAUCAUCACCCUGCUGACCGUGUCCGGGAACUGCCUGGUCAUGAUCUCCGUCUGCUUCGUUAAGAAGCUCCGGCAGCCUUCCAACUACCUGAUCGUGUCCCUGGCCCUGGCGGACCUGUCGGUGGCGGUGGCCGUCAUGCCGUUUGUGAUCGUUACCGACCUGAUCGGCGGCCAGUGGAUCUUCGGGCAGCUGUUCUGCAAUGUCUUCAUCGCCAUGGACGUGAUGUGCUGUACCGCUUCCAUCAUGACCCUAUGUGUCAUCAGCAUCGACAGGUACUUAGGAAUAACCAGACCAUUGACAUAUCCGGUCAGGCAGAAUGGGAAAGGCAUGGCUAAAAUGAUCCUGUGUGUGUGGCUUCUGGCAGCAUCCAUCACACUGCCACCUCUGUUUGGCUGGGCCAAGAAUAUCAAUGAUGGCAAGGUCUGCCUGAUCAGCCAAGACUUUGGCUAUACCAUUUACUCUACAGCAGUGGCAUUCUAUAUCCCAAUGUCAGUCAUGCUGCUCAUGUACCAUCAGAUUUUCAAGACUGCCAAGAAGAGCGCUGCUAAACAUACAUUUGCAGGAUUCCCUCGGCCAGGUGACAAACGCAUGAGUGAGGCUGCAAAAAUAGGAGGGAAACCACGCAAAGAAUCCGAGGAAUGUGCCCACUUUGCUCGACUUCUGAAAAACGACAGGAAGAACAUGUCAAUCUUCAAAAGGGAGCAGAAAGCUGCAACGACCCUAGGCAUUGUGGUCGGGGCAUUCACUGUGUGCUGGCUGCCGUUUUUCAUACUGUCCACUGCAAGGCCUUUCAUCUGUGGCACCGAGUGCAGCUGUAUACCCCUUUGGUUGGAGAGAACGAUCAUGUGGUUCGGCUACACAAAUUCUCUGCUGAACCCAUUCAUUUAUGCAUUAUUCAACAGAGACUUGCGGACCACCUAUCACAAUCUGUUGAGGUGCAGGUACAGGAAUAUCAAUCGUAAACUUUCUGCUGCGGGCAUGCAUGAAGCUCUAAAGCUGGCAGAGAGGCCAGAACUGAUACUGUAAGAAGGACAAGGUACUUUGAAACAGAAAUACCUCAGGGAGAGAAAAAUUCUCUUAAAGUCUGUGAACUGUUGUUGCUGGGUCUUGGCUCUUUAGAAACUGCUUCAUUCAUCAGGUGUCUUUCAUGCAGCAAAUUGACUCCCUGAGAUGGGCUGGUUCUAAAGAUACCAUAAAGUGGGAGUACAAUAGUAGCUCAGCCUUUUUAGUGGGCAUCAUGUAAUGAAGUACUCAGUUUCCCACUGGACUCUUCAUUAGCCCAAUCAACCUGGGAUCUUAGGAGAUCAUUAGGCCCAAGAUGCAAUGGUGAAGUACCAAUGGGUGGGAUAAGUUCUGCUACUAUUCAACAUAGAAUGGCCUAACCAGUGUUUUACUGCAUAAUGCUCCCCCUGAGAGCAUGCACCCACUUCUCCCUAUGGAUGAGUGUCUGCACCCCCUCCCUUCUAUUUGUCACCUAUUGCAACCAGGUAUGGUCUGCAGACCAGUUGUCAUGCUUUAUUUUCUUCUCAAUCAGCGAGCAU